CUUACCUGACUUUGCCUUCCACAGCUCAUGAAAUCACCCAUCGAAGUCUCAUGCCGAGAAUGAUGUCGUAUGUGGGCUGCAGCUUACUGCUCUUGUCGGUGUCCGCUUUCGCGGGUGUCUCCCUGGCUGAGAUGGUGUUCCGUUGUCCAAGUUGCACCGCGGAGCGACAGGCUGCGUGUCCGAGGCUCACCGAGACUUGUGCAGAGAUAGUGCGCGAACCGGGGUGCGGGUGUUGUCCCGUGUGCGCCCGGCAAGUGGGCGAGUUGUGCGGUGUGUAUACCCCGCGAUGCUCCAGUGGGCUGCGGUGCUACCCGAAGCCGGACUCCGAGCUUCCCUUAGAGCAACUGGUCGAGGGGCAAGGGUUGUGCGGACACCAAGUGGACAUCGAGGCAAACGGGAAUCCAGAGCAUCGUGAACAUAUAAGCGGUGAGACAGGGGACCUCCACCUCGACCUGGUUCUGACGGAAAUCCCAGUGCUGAGGAAGCCUGCCAAGGAGAACCCAUGGCUGGGGCCCAAGGAGAGCGCUGUGCGACAGCACCGCCAGGAGAUGAUGACCAAGAUGAAGAGCAACAAGGUUGAGGAGCCCAAGCCCUCCAGACCCAAGCAGACCCAGUGUCAGCUGGAGCUGGAUCAGGUUCUGGAGAGGAUCUCCAAGAUGCCCUUCAGAGACAACCGAGGCCCCCUGGAGGACCUGUAUGCCCUGCACAUCCCCAACUGUGACAAGAGAGGGCAAUAUAACCUGAAACAGUGUAAGAUGUCACUGCAUGGCCAGAGGGGGGAGUGCUGGUGCGUUAACCCCCAGACUGGCCGGCCCAUCCCAGCAGCCCCCACUGUGAGGGGAGACCCAAACUGCAGCGAGUAUGCAGCCGGACCCGAGAUGGACCCCCCCGUCUUACCCCAGAAAUAGUACGGCCCAGAUACCCCCAAGCACCAGUCAUGAAUGACAAACAGGAAACAGUAUUUGAAACCCUUAAGUAAGCUAUAUGUUAUGUUUGUGUGUGUCUGUAUGUGCUUAUACAACUACUACUUCUAGUUUGGUUGGUUUGGUUGGGUACAAUGACUGUACAUUUUUGUCGUUUGAAGACGUAGCCACCAGAUUGUAUCUUAGCUUGGGGGUUGAAUCAACAGUUAAGUAAUGAGGACAUUAUGAUAAAACAUACUUUAAAUGAAUAAUCAUUUCAGUUCAUUUUAUUGCGCAAAGAACUUGUAGCCAGUUCCUCCAUUUCAGCUGUAGUUUAUAUUGGACUACAUUUACCCCUAAAUUAAAGUCUAAACCCUGCCAUGACACCUUCUUUACAUUUCGUCAAGGGGGAGUCCUGGAGACAGACUGGUCAUGACCAGGACCAAAUCUCUUCACACGUGUGUACUUUUAAAGUGCAUUGCUGUCAAACGAGUCGUUCCAUGUUGGAUCAGCUAUGUAACGUAAAAUGAUUUGACCAAAGACUCUGAAGUGAUAUGACCUUAACAACUACCUGUGCCGAGCCUUUAGAUGUUUGGUAAUGUGCUUUCUUUUGUAUUUAACCAUGAUUUCUUGUAUAUUAUGACCUAAUCACUUGCAACUGUGAUGGCAUGUUGUUGGAAAUGGUCUUCAACCCUUCUGCUGAGCUGGGGAACAACCCAUUCAUUUGAAUCAAGUGUGUUGGAGCAUGAAAACAUCUAGAACAUACAGGACAGGGGGCCCUGUAGACCAGGGUUGAAGACCACUGGCGUAGUGUACUAACAUGAUGUCAGUGUAUGUCUGUUCAUAUAGUUCUCUACCACAAUGUCAGUGUGUCACCAAGAUGUUAUGGGUCAUAUUACUGUGAUGUCAACACCUAUGCCAUGUCCUUCAGAUUACUACUUCAUUUCCAGUCAUUGAUUUUUUGGGAAAGGCCACGCAUUUUAGGUACUCUGUAGAAAUAAUGUAAAGAAAUAACUUUCUGUAAACUAUUGUUUUUACAAACACACAUUAUUAGACAUUUAGGAACACUGUAGAAUUACAGAAUAUUUAGAUAUGGAUAAUGGCUUGUAAGAUUAGUCACAUGAUUAAAUGGAGGUGAACUACUGUAAGCAGCGUGUUUGUUUGUUUAAGAAUCUAAGAUCUUGCCUACAAUCAGACUUCAAGGUUCAUUUCACACAGAUGUCUCUGUCUCCUUCUGGCAAAAACGGUAGCUGGAGCAAGAUCAAGACAGUGGGCUUGAAUGAAACUACUCCAGAACACCUUGACAUAACUGAGUACAUGACUUUAUUUAAAUAACUGAUUUUCCAUUACAAAAAAAGACAAGGUUACAUAAAUUACACACAGAAUAAAUAUUACACUGUGAUAUUCACAUAAGAGAUGGAAUCUAUAUGCUUCUUUAUAUUGAGAAAUUUUGGAAAUAUCAUUGCAUUUUUGUCUUACGUGCAAUCAAGGCAAAGACAGAGUUGAGAUAUUUUGUUUAGUGAUUCUUUGGUCGAAGGCCAUGGGCUGAGGAGCCUGUGUCAGCACUAAAAUAACCUACAACAAAACUCUGGACGAUGGGGCCUUUUACUUUACGACUGCAGUUUCAUUGACAAAUGUAAUGCUUGAAUAUAAUAGCAAUCUUAAACCCGAUAUACAUUUUCUUGACAAGCUAUUUCCAAAAUAGUUACGCCAAUCUUAGGUCCAAGUCAAAGUCUCUCUCUGCUGCAGCUGUCCCUGUUCAACGACAUGAUGGAUUUGGAUGUAAAUCUAAAUUCAAAGUGGAAUAGGAGAGAAGGGACCGAGAUUUACAUACAAACCCAGCGAUCCUCACCUCUCCAGAGAGAGGGCAGCCAGCAGGGGUGGAGACAGAUUUGCCUGGGCUGGGAUUAGGGGCCUCUCGGGUGGGAGGUGUUUUGCAUGUGGUCAGAGUCUGUCCUGUCUAGGUAAAUGGGAGGCAGUAUUGUCUGCUGGGCUGUGUGUGGGAUCUAUUCUGUCACUGUCAAGACACCACAGAUUAGUCUUCAAGGGGAACUGAACGUACAGAGGAAUGUGCUUCAAAACAUCACAGACAAUAUCGUAGGAGAAUGCAUGGUAGGCAGACACACUUAGAAGUGCUGAAA